UCGCAAAGUCAAAGCGAUUUUCGAAGUCGACGGUUGUGUGGCUCGCGCUGCUUGCUCCGGUGCUGCUUUCAGAAGCAACUGACAAAACGCUUUUAACACAAAAAUAUACACAAACACACACAUGUAUACAUAAACAUAUAUACAACACUCACACACACUUAUACUCAAACCACGUUCUGGCCAAACUGCAAAAAUUUUUUGUAGGUAUUUUGGCAGGCCAGAAGGCAGCUACACACGCAAAUCCACAGAGCGACGACAUGUCCUCAUCAUCUGCUAUUGCUGCCGCUGCUCCUGUGAAUAAAAAAUCUAAAUAAAUAUUAAUAAAAACCUAAUUGAAAAACACUUAAAGGCACUGCAAAUUGAAUGCAUAAAUAAUAACAAACAAAUUACACAAAAACACACACACACACAAGUGCACAAGGAAUUGCAGUCAAAAAAAAAAGAAAGAAAGAAGGAGAAGAACAAUUUUUUGUGUGUGUUUUUUGUGAAUAGGCAAAAGGCGUUGCCAAAUCAAAAGCAGCAGCACACAGAUUGUUGAAAUAAAUGAAUAAAUACCUAAAAAUAUACUAAACGCAAUCAUAACUUAAACACAACAGGCACAAAGUAACUAUUAUAAAUAUUUAUAACUGAAAAGAGCUAGAGAACUGCAAGCAAAUCAAUUAUUCAUACGCACCGUUAAACAAAACAGCAACACAGCAAACGCACCAAAAGUGAAAUUUUCAAGUGACAUUGUGAAAGGCAGCCACAUACCAGGCUGCAUUAAUAAAACAUACAACAAUCAUAUAGCAUAUAGGAUACAAAGGAUAAAAGGAGUCGGCACAGGAGGCGCUCUGCCUGUUCUAUUAUUUAACUGCUUACAACAGACGUUUUCAACUGGACGAAAGCUGAUUGAAAGCCGCUUUCAACAGCAGCAUCCGUCGUUCACUAAUACUCGACGCGAGGGAGAGAGAACAAGAGCGCACAAAAUAGUAACUGAGAGAGAGAGAGGGAGAGACGGAGAGCGUGACAGCAGCAGCAUCAGCAGCGACGUCAACGUCAAUCCGCUCAAUAUUUAUAUUGCACGAUACCAAUUCGCGAUUCACGCUCCAGCUGCUGACGACUCAGACGCAGACGCCACUGGAGGUCCUGGGUAUCAGACUGUGGCUCUGGUUCAUCUGGUGCCUGGUCCAGCCGCAGCACCAUAAUAAAUAACAUCUGACAGCUGCUGCGAGUCUCCUGCUACUGCGCCCACACCAGCUCGCUUCAAGUCGAGUGGACUCAACUCUCCCGUGCACAAUUCGCACAGGCCUAAGCAAUAUUUGGGCAAGACAAAAACGCUACAGCUGUAACUGCAAUCGACUACUACAAUCAAGCACAACAAACUAGCAAUAACGGUAGAAACAAACCAAAAAUAUAAACAACUAAAAAACACGCAAUGGGUGCCAAGGAAAGUGUCGAGGCAGCCGUCAAAAUGAAUGCCGAUGGCUGGGGCCACGUGGAGCGCGGCAGUCGCUACCACGGCCAUCGGCAUAAUCAACGUUCGCAGUCGCUAAAUCGCGGCCAGGCGCUCUCGCAGGCGGACGUGACCGGCAUGUGGUGA